AUGUCUCCCGUUGUGUCUACCAUUUCCAAAGAUUAUGAGCUGAAGAUUAUUAACACAGAAGUCAUAGUACCUGCUCUUCCAAUGCAGCAGCGCAUCCUUUCUCUGUCAAAUCUGGGUCUCACUAUUCCUCCAGUUUCUGUGCAUGUGUUCUUCUAUUAUAAAAAUCACUUAACUAGGACUUUUGCAUCAACACUAUCUCAUCUCAAGACUUCCAUCUCGAAGGUGUUAGUGUCCUAUUAUGUAUCUGCAGGAAGAAUGGUGACAGAUAGUAUUGGCCUACCAAAGGUCCAUUGCAAUAACAAGGGAGUUCGCUUGACCCAAGCUUAUGCUGCAGCUGCUCUUUCUCAGCUGAAUUUAUACAACCCUGAUGAGUCUGUGCAGGGGAAGCUUGUUCCUUCACUUUCAAAGCCCUUUCAAGAAGAUGGUAUUCCUUUCUUUGCUGCUCAGGUAACAGAGUUUGGCUGUGGAGGUAUUGUUGUUGGCUGCACAUUAGACCACAGAGUCGCAGAUGCAUACUCUGCAAACAUGUUUUUGACAAGUUGGGCAAAGCUUUGUAGGAAUGACUCAACUGUACCUCUGAAUCCAAGCAUCACACGCUCCAUAUUAUGCCCUCGAGAUUCCCCUGCUUACUGUGCUGAAAUUAACAAUAUGUUAAUUCAUGAUGCCAUACAGAGUGCAGCAAAUGAGGAGCAUUUUCAAAGCUUAAUUGACUUCGUCGAGAUUGCAAAGCCAACACCUGUCUUAGCCAAGAUUUACUGUAGAGAAGAUGACAUUCAGUCCUACGUUUUGUUGUCUUCUGGACUGCGGUUUUCUUUGUAUGAAGUUGAUUUUGGAUGGGGAAAGCCUACGUUUGGAAACUACCAUUUCCCUUAG